AUGCAAUUAUUGGAAUCAGCAAAUAAAGAACUUGAAGAUUCUACCAAUAACGAUAUUAAAAGUGCCAAUAUUGAUUUCUAUUUUGAAGAAUUUGAUAAAAAGUUUUUACAAAUUAGUGUUGAAGAAGUAAAUAUAGAAGCGAAUAAUGAGAAUGGGUUAGCAAUGAAUAAUUUUUUUAAUGCUAAUACAUUCAAACAGAAUCAAAUAAAAAUAAGUGAAGAAAACUUGGCCACUUAUUCUCAAAGAUCUAUUAAUAGUAUUGAAGAUUGGUCAAUUAAUGAUAUAUUUUUUCAAUUCUAA